UGCCCAUCCCGACUGCAACCUGCGGUUUGCUCAAGCACAAAGCAACACAAUAGCAGCACCUGACGAACGCAGGUCAUCGUUGUUCAAUGCCGACUCAAGCGCGUGCCGGUGUGUCGAAGAAAGUAUUGAAAGCAUGCAACCGAUGCCGGUCGAUGAAGGUGAGGUGCUCUGGGUCUCAACCUUGUAAUCGAUGCACCCGGAGCAACGAGCAGUGUGUCUUUGCCGUUGAAGAAAAACGAGUCGCAAUCUCGGAAAGGUACCUCAGGGAACUUGAGCGUCGCAGCAACUUCGGUGACCACGGUAUAGUAACACCGGGUUCCGAGCAAGCCCACGUAUCGGGGGUUCAGGGCGGACGUGCAAGAGCGAGAGCGGCGGCGUCCACACCUGGUCCAGUUCGCCCCCUUGCCAGCCGUCUCACCACUCCGCACGAUUAUGCGAACCAUGAGAGUGUUGCUGACCGUCCUACCGACGAUGCUGCCCAAACAUCUUCAAGUUCGGGGUCGCCGUUUCGGCAAAACCCGCUGGUCGAUUACGAUCUCACAUUCGCUAAAGCUGCCGGUCGAUAUUGGUAUAUGGGGCCCUCAUCGUCGUGGUCCUUUUGUCGGCGAAUCUUUGCCUUGAUACAACAGCGAAUACCCGAGGCUAACUGUCCCCCAGACCCGUGGAAUCUGGACGGGUCCGCCUUCGACAUGCAUUGGGUUCCUAUUGCACGAAACGAACGUCCAGAUGUCACAAACAUCCCGCCCCUGGAUUAUGCCUUGUUUCUGUUCAACACAGCCAAGUUCUAUCUGGGAGGCCAUUUCAUGUGUCUUAUCGACGAAAGCAGCUACAUGAAAAAUCUGCACGAAUUUUACAAAGACCCUGCCUCGAAAGCAAGUGACUGCCGGCAUUGGUUUGCCCAGUACCUUUUGAUACUGGCUUUUGGAAAGGCAUUUUCGAGUACUUGCAAGUGCCCGAGCGGUCCACCCGGACAUCAGUACGCCUUGCGAGCGAUGCGACUACUUCCCGGAAUGGCUGGUCUACCCCCGGAUACGACUCUGGCAGUCCAAGUGCUGGCGUUGGCCGCAGUGUAUCUGCAGUCAGUUGAUAUGAGAGUUGGAGCAUUGCAAUAUAUCGGACAAGCCUUAAGGACGUGUAUUGUUGAAGGCUGGCAUAGACACAUGCCAGCCGAUGCUGUUGGGGAUCAACACUCGCGUCUUUGCAACAACACGUUCUGGGUGGUGUACAUCCUGGAGAGGGAGCUCUCGGCCCUGUUUGGUUCGCCAAACUCCAUUCGCGACGAAGACAUCACGGCUAAACUUCCCUCGGAGUUGGACAAUUCUGCCAAUGCCUCGGAAAUGGACCUUCACAUACGACUGUCCGGACUGAGAGCCGAGAUAAUGAACACUGUGUAUGGAGCCGGGGCGGAGCUCCAAGGGUCGCUGGUCGUCAAUACGCACGCGAUACUGCGAGGCCUCGCGAAGCUGCUGGGGGAUAUGAAUACUUUGCUACUCACUCGCCAGCCCGUUUCCGUAAACAAGGCCUCCCGGACUGCCUUGCGACUUAUACUGGGCCACCACCAUUGCGUCGUCCUGUCGACUCGACCAACCGUCAUGUGCGCGCUCUACAUUCGGCUCGAUCGACGGCAAACACAAACUUCCCACGCCGUGUCAUUAUCUCCAGCAGUAACGUCGCUGAUCCAGACUUGUGUCGACUCUGCUCAAGCCACACUCCGUACCUUGCGGGUGUUGAGUGACGAGGACCUACUAGUUAACAUCGUCGCAGAGGGGUUUCUACCCUUUCAGAUUGAGGAUGCGUUCUCGUCUGCAUUCAUUCUUCACCUCAUUCGGUUCAUUGAUUCCACGCUUAUUUCAGACGAUGCAUGGAGUGAGAAUGCCAACAUUGCAUUUGACAGGAUGAUAUCUAAGGGAAGCAUGGUAGCACCAUUACGACUGCAAGAACUUCGGCAGCUUGAGCGGACACUGUCGUCUCUGUCGACGGAUCUCGAUUCCACCUCACCGAUGGAAAAGACUGUCGGACAUGGCCUCCUACCUGUCAGCAAUGUUCUCCCUCAUGAGACAACCAUCGACGAUGCCGGCUGGAAUUUCUUUGUGCGCGACUGUUUGGGCGUGUUGUCCCCACGGGAAAUGAUGGACUUGGCAGACCAACUCGAGAUGGAUGGCGCAGGGCCGAUGCUGUUCGAGCCGACCUUGUAA